AUGGCUACACGGUUCACCGUCACCCGCUCGGCCUCCAUGGCCGCAAACCUCUCUGCCGCCUCCGGCAAAGACGGCUACUCGCUGUUGUUUCACGGUAUCUCGAAGCGAUCGCGGAUUUUUCAACACCCAUUGUUGGGAAAACCCGAUCCGAGCUAUUCCGGAUUCUCCCGCCCUGGAUUGGCGACUGAUUUCAGAAGACCGAUGCCGUUUUCUCAGGCGAUUCUGUCUGGGGAAAUUGUUGGUGGAAGGAUUCAAUCACCAGUUAUCGUCGGGUUACUCUCUCUGCUGAAGCAAUCUAUUGGGUCUUCUGGGGUUUCUUCUGCUCAGGCGUCCUCAACCCUUCCUUUCAUUCAUGGUUCUAACUGGUUGCCAUGUAAAGGGCCCGCAAGCGCGGAGGUGGACAGGGGAAAGGCACUUUGUGGUACCGAUUCCGAGUGUCUGAGCAAAGGAACUUUGGAGACUCAGAUUGCUAGUGGUGGUGGCCGUAAGUGUUCUGAAGCAUUGGCGGCCAUCAAGAGUGGUUGUGCAAGCAGUGUGAAGGUUCUGCAACAGAAACGUGGUGGUAGUAAGUCUGAUAAUAGUUGGCCUUUGAAAAUGUUGAACUUUUGUUUUACCUCUGAGGAUGCUAAGGCGGCUUUCACUGCCGUCAGUGUUGGCAUUUUGUUCAAAUCAACUUUGGCGGAGCCGAAGUCGAUUCCCUCAAUGUCUAUGUACCCGACACUUAAUGUGGGUGAUAGAAUUCUGGCUGAGAAGGUUUCUUAUGUUUUUAGGAGUCCUGAAGUUUCAGACAUUGUGAUUUUCAAGGCUCCUUCAUUUCUUCAGGAAGUUGGAUUUAGUCCGUCUGAGGUGUUCAUCAAAAGAGUAGUAGCAAAAGCUGGUGAUUGCGUUGAAGUUCAUGGUGGAAAAUUGAUGGUCAAUGGUGUAACUCAAGAUGAGGACUUCAUCUUGGAGCCAAUUGAGUAUUUAAUGGACCCAAUGCUUGUACCGGAGGAAUGCGUGUUUGUGUUGGGAGACAACCGAAACAAUAGUUUGGACUCUCAUAACUGGGGCCCACUGCCUAUCGAGUACAUUGUUGGUAGAUACCUCUUCCGCUACUGGCCUCCAUCAAAAGUAUGCGACACUCUUCACAGCACUCCCCAGCAAUGGGGUGCUGCUGCAUUUUCGUGA